AUGGAACAUAGUGGGUCUGCUUCAAAUGCUGAUAAAAUCCACCAGAAUCGCCUGUCGAGUGUUACAGAAGAUGAAGACCAAGACGCUGCUCUCACCAUUGUGACUGUGCUGGACAAAGUCGCCUCCAUUGUGGACAGCGUACAGGCCAGCCAGAAGAGAAUAGAAGAGAGACACAGGGAAAUGGAAAAUGCCAUAAAAUCUGUCCAGAUCGACCUGUUGAAGCUUUCACAGUCGCACAGUAAUACAGGCCACAUCGUUAACAAGUUGUUUGAGAAGACCCGAAAAGUCAGUGCUCACAUUAAAGAUGUGAAGGCCCGGGUGGAGAGACAGCAAGUUCACGUUAAAAAGGUUGAAGUCAAGCAAGAGGAGAUAAUGAAGAAAAACAAAUUCCGAGUGGUCAUAUUCCAGGAGAAGAUUCAGUGUCCAACAUCCUUGUCUAUUAAAGAGAGAAAUCUAACUGAGAACGAGGAGGAGGAGGAUGAGGAUGCCUUCGACCCCCCAAUAGAUCUCUCUUCCGAUGAAGAAUAUUACGUUGAAGAAAGCAGAUCUGCCAGGUUUAGAAAGUCCGGCAAGGAGCGCAUUGAUAAUAUCAGAAAGGCAUUUUCUAAGGAAAACGUGCAGAAGACACGCCAGAAUUUUGACAAGAAAGUGAACAGAAUUAGAACUAGAAUAGUGACCCCGGAGAGGAGAGAGAGGCUGAGGCAGUCAGGAGAGAGGCUGAAGCAGUCGGGAGAGAGGCUGAGGCAGUCGGGGGAACGACUUAAGAAAUCGAUUUCGAAUGCAGCUCCCUCCAAGGAAGCCUUUAAGAUGCGUAGCCUCAGGAAAGCUAAGGACCAAAAUGUUGCUGAAGGUCAGGAGGGUGGAAGGGAGAUGGGGGUGGACAUCAUUGCUAGGAGCGGGUCUCUGGGUCCCAUUGGUGAGCAUUACCCCGAUGAGCUCAGCGACCCCGAACAUGAGGCUGCUGGGGUGGGGUACCCUCCCCGAGAAGGAGGGCAGACCCCCACCCCUGAGCCUUUGAAAGUCACUUUUAAGCCUCAGGUGAAGGUAGAGGAUGACGAAUCUCUUUUGUUAGAUUUAAAGCAGUCAUCAUAAGGAGGAAUUAAGUAUGUCCUAAGUAUAAAUCUCCUCCCUCAUGCAGUUUAAGUUUGAAUAGUGUAGUCAUUUACAUUUCUGUGCCAUAUGGGGAAAGAGAAAUGGUAUGGCUGUUUCAUUUCUUACAUUUAAAAUCUCGAGGAUAAUAUAAAUAUUAUAUA